UAUAUCUGCUGCUGGAGCAAGAGUCCGGCUAGCUGGGCCAGUCGAUCCAUCUCGGCCUCUCGGCGGUGGUGUCUGUGUGUGUCCACUCUAAGCUAAGCUAGCAAACGCGCGCGUACGAGCGCUCUCUUAGCUCCUAGCGAUCGAUCGAGCAAAUUAAGCCAAUUCAAUCCACCCGCCGCACACCCGUCCAGAUCCCAGUGCAUGCCCCUGUCUUCCUCGUGAGCCCAGAAGAAGCCAUGGCGAAGACGCUCCUCGCCAUCCUCGCCCUGGCCGCGCCCUUCCUCCUCGCCGCCGCCCAGGGCGAGGGCGGGGGGAGGCCGGAGCGGCUGCCGUUCGCGGUGGGGGCGUCGCCGGAGGGCUGCGACGUCGGGGUCGGCGAAUGGGUGCGCGACGAGGCGGCGCGGCCGCUGUACGAGGAGGCCUCCUGCCCUUACAUCCCGCAGGAGCUCACCUGCCAGGCGCACGGCCGCCCCGACGCCGCGUACCAGAACUGGCGCUGGCAGCCCCGCGGCUGCGGCGAGCUCCCCAGCUUCAACGCGACGGUGAUGCUGGAGAUGCUGCGCGGGAAGCGGAUGCUGUUCGUGGGCGACUCCCUGAACCGCGGGCAGUACGUCUCCCUGCUCUGCCUCCUUCACCGGGCCAUCCCUGAGGGGUCCAGGUCCUUCGAGACCAUCGACGCCCUCAGCAUCUUCAGAGCAAAGGACUACGACGCCACGAUCGAGUUCUACUGGGCGCCGCUGCUGGCGGAGUCCAACUCGGACGCCGCCGUGGAGCACCGGCUGGAGGAGCGCGUGAUCCGCGGCGCGCCCAUGGACAGGCACUCCCGCUUCUGGAAGGGCGCCGACGUGCUCGUCUUCAACUCCUACCUCUGGUGGACCACGGGGACCAAGAUCCAGAUCCUGAGAGGCGCGGACAACGACAUGAGCAAGGACAUCGUGGAGAUGCCGGCGGAGGAGGCGUACCGGCUGGUGCUGCACCAGGUGGCCAACUGGCUGGACGCCAACGUGGAUCCCAGCAAGUCCCGGGUCUUGUUCGUGACGGCGUCCCCGACCCACGGCGGCGGCAAGGGCAACGACUGCUACGGCCAGAAGACGCCCAUCACGGGCGACGAGCACGCAUCCUACACGAGCCGGGCGAUGCUGAAGGUGGCCGACGAGGUGCUGGGCGGGUCGAGGAGCAGGAGGGCGGUGGUGCCGGUGGGCGUGGUGAACGUGACCCGGAUGUCCGAGUACCGCCGGGACGCGCACACGCAGGUGUACAGGGAGCAGUGGGGCAAGACGGGGGUGGCCGGGAAGCAGGAGCAGAGCGACGCGGACUGCACGCACUGGUGCCUCCCCGGCGUGCCGGACGCAUGGAAUGAGCUGCUCUACUGGAAGCUCUUCUUCCCCGCCGCCGAUGACCAGGCCCUCUGACGAAGGGCACUACUACGUGUAGCCGUGUACCUGGGCAGCGUGCCAGCGUCGUUCUAGCUAGUAACAUCGUACAGCGUCGUCGUUACGGCUGGCGGUGCGCUGCACGCGAUCGACGGCGCCUCUGGACUGUAAUCCGUUGCCGUUUUUGGCAAUGUAUGUGGUAAAAAUGCAAGUACAGAUCUUCCGGGUCUUAUUGUUUUGAUGUUAUUUUUCGGUUUUGCUUGGGCUAAGCGGCUCAGAUUGUGUUUUUCUUAGUCGACGUCUUCUUGACGGUACAAUCAUCUUUGAGAUCGUGA